UUUGCAAGGGAGAAAAAAAGUCCCCAUGGGGCCUUGGUGCCUGGACGUCAUCGUGUCCGGGCACGUUUGUCCACCCUUGUGCCUGCGGUGACAUAACACGCCAUUUGUGACAUCAUUCCUUCCCCUGUGAUGUAACCCGGAGGCUAGACUAUCGGGGGCUGUUGGGCUGUGGGGCCUCCUAAGGCCUCUUUGACCCCGUUACAUCCGUAGAAUGGCUUCACCCCUUCGGGGGAAGCCCCCUUCGCCUCGAGUGGAGACCGUUCGCUACAAGGAGACGUCGACAGUCCACGUGGAGACCUCGUCUCACCGAGUGGAGACCUCCUCCCGGUUGGUGCGCACUACUUCCCGGCAGGUGGAGACCUCCCAGCGCCAUAGUGAGGGGCUCUCCCAUUCCCCCUCUGGGAAGCGGCUCCCUCGCGUCCUAGAGGUGUCCUCCCAGCACGUGGAAACCUCCUCGCAGCGCACAGAAACGUCCUCCCGCCACGUCAAGGCGUCAACCCUGCGGGUGGAGACGUCUCUGCACCGCGUAGAGAGCCCUCCCCGGAGGGACAAGCCGGCAACCGGCCAGAAUGUAAAAAUGGCUCAAUGAAAUGCUUUCCAGAGGCUACAAAAGGGCCAUGGCCCCCAGCCAGGAUGACAUUGCCUCCAGUUUGCAGCCACCCAGCUGCCAGGUGGACCAAUCAUCUUUGAUUUCAUGGUAAAUCAAUGUAAGAAACAACCAAGCAAUGGUUUGGGGACUCAGCCAACACUUAUUGACCAUGCUGCACCCUGGAUCAUCCUGCCUUCGACCCAGGCAACUAUUUGAACUUGACGCCAGCACAAGCACAAAAGGUCUUCAGGUCCAUGAUACUGUAUAAUUUGAGUUGAUGGACAAAUAGGCUGUUUGAACCUCUGAGCCAGAUGACCAUGGUACAGAUGGAAAAACUGAAGUCCGUAGAAGCCAAAGCAACUUGCCACCACUAUUUGCUUCCUCCCAGGACUAUUCCUUCUGAUAACCACAUGAAGGUAACCUCAUCUGGGCCGAUUUCCCAAGAAAUGGCUGGGAGUGACCUUGCUGUCCCUCAGUGACCUCUCCAGUGAAGCGUUCAGGCUCUCCGCCCUCAGAACAAGUGGACCUGCCACGUGGACCUGCGUGUCCUGGCAGUUGGGGAUGCAGAGGUCCCCAAAGUCCAGACACGUGGACAGCAGAGGGACCCACAGUGAUGACAGCAGCUCAGCCUCUCUUCCUGCCCCCUGCCUGAGGUGGCAGGAAGAGCUCACCUCUCAGGCAGAAAAUCCAGUCAACCCAGGUGGAUGGGCAGCUGCCAGCACUCCAUGGUGUGGCAGGGACAGCACAGGGCUGGCACACUGCCCCACUUCCAACAGCAUUGACGGUUCUUAGGCACUUGUGAAGGCAGCUCUCCUCAAGGGAAGUCUUUGCAGAUGCACUGGGGGUGCCCUGUAGGUGGCAGUCUCUGCUUCCACGUGCUGCACCUGCUGUGGCUCGUUGCUGGGGCAGGAGUCUCUGCUGUCACCUCUUGGGCCCCUCAGUUGUUAAAAGCCAGAGAGAAACUCAGACAUCGAGUUCUAUGCUCUUGUCUUAUUUAUACCAUUUUUAACACUCAGCUCUUUUAAAAAUUACUAAAAAGUAGUGCACACCUAUUCUAAAAUAUUGGGAAAAUACAGAAAUCAAUUAAGGAGAAAAUAUAAUCAUUGAGAUCAUAUAGUAUAUAUAAUUUGUAUCUGUUUUAUUCACUUAAAAUUAAAUUAUAAGCAUUGUCAACAUAAUAAAAUGUUCUUCAUAAACACUUCUAGUGACUGCAUAGGAGUGUUUUUGAGUGGACACACCAUAAAUAUUUACUGUUACCUAAA